AUGGCACCCUCCUUUCUCUGCUCGUCUCCACAUUUCAAUCAGCUGGAAUGCAAUGGUUUGAAUCACCUUUCCAUGCUGAAGGAUAUGCUCAAAGCUAAGCUUCUCGAUGGUGUCUCCGGUCUGAUGAAUGUAUCCAUUGUGCUUUCCAAACGCGGCCUCGAACAAGAAAGAAGCGGGAUAUCCCACUCGCGUGGCACUCGCGUGAUCGCUGCAGCCAUAUCCGCACUUGGACUCGGUGAAUCCAAUGUCGGCAUAUGCACUGAUAAGGAGCUUGAUAAACUCAUUCAGCUCAGCGCUGGUGUUGUCGGUGAUGAGGCCGAAUGUGUUGUCUGUAGUGUAUCCAACCAUGUCCUGGUUGAACAUGGCUGCGAUAUCUUUGCCGUCAUUUGCAUAUUGCUGGAAGAUCGCCUGACUUCCGAGGAGGCCGGCCUCUUCACCGGCAUACCAGUGAAACUCAAUAGUGUUAGGUGCCUCUCCAGAAGCGAUACGCGAGUCUUUGAGGAGAACCCGCAGGGCCUCCAAAAUGGCCAUACUGCCAGAGCCGUCAUCAUCAGCGCCAGGUGCCAGCCCAGUUCUGUUCGAAGCAUUGACUGA